AUGGCCGCGCCGGAGGCACCCACGUGCUACGUCGGGAUCGCGCGCCAGUCCGCCGCCUUCCGCCUCAUGAAGCAAAUGGGAUGGGAAGAAGGUGAAGGCCUCGGGAAAGACAAGCAGGGUAUAAAGGGGCAUGUCAGAGUGAAACAAAAGCAGGACACACUAGGUGUUGGUGUGGACAAUCCUCAGAACAAAUGGGCGUAUGAUACCACCCAGUUUGAUGAUAUACUAAAGAAACUGAAAGUGCAAUCUACAACUCCUGUUAAAGGUAAAAUUGAGGAUGUAAGCAGUUCACCUGACAGUACACCCAAGAAAGAUAAACCUGCAAAAGAUGAAGUCGCUAAAGUUACCCGGCCUCAAGGAAGAUACAAGAAAAGGGAGAGGGGGAAAAGUGUGAGGGGUUAUUCAGCAGUUGAUCUUGAAGGCAUACUUGUUCGGAAGAAGGAAAAUGAUUGCGAGGUGGAUCAGGAAGUUCAACCAUCAUGUAUGGAAGAGCCUGAUAUCACCAUCGGCAAGGGUGCAGUAUCCCAAGCUGAAGAUGUGAACUGGUGGGGCCACAAGUUUGGAUAUGUAUCAGGAGGCUUUUUAGGAGCAAAAUCUCGCAAGAAUAAAAAAGAUAAUUCUAAUGUCCGUCAGAUGUUUGGGGAAGAUGAUCAAGAAAAUCUGUACAACCUUGUUCAGGACAAAGCUACAUCUGGAAAGCAGGGUCUUGGCAUCAAGGACCUGCCGAUGAAAGUUGGUGGCCAGCGUUGGAAGGGGAACAAAACCUCUCUUGGUGAUAGUGAUGAGGAAAAUUCAACCCAGUCUGAAUUAUCAGAAGUGGAAGAAGAUGAAGACGAGGAAGUAUCUGCCAGUGAUGCUAAAGUAAAUGAAGUACAUGUGAAAACCAUAAAAGAAGUUUGUGUGGAUGCUAAACCUAAAACCAAGUUCAAGAAGCUUUGCAAAAAAAUUCUUCGUCAGGCUCCAUCUCAGUCCAUGAAAUUGAAGGAGCUCAAGGAAGCUGUUGAAGAACAAUCAACUAUUUUGUCCGACUUCUCCUGUAGACGUGAAGCUCUAUCAUUCUUGAAGAGGAAGCUCCAGGGAAGCAAGAAAUUUAAUCUGGAGGGCAAAAGGGUGCAUCUUGUAUCAUGA